GCGCUAUGAGGCUCUGCUGCCACCUAGCGGUCCCUCACAAUGAUGUAUUUUGAAAGAGCAAACGCAUCAGUAUCUUCCUACAAUUAUGGAUUUAUUUUGUCUUUGCUAAUGUGGUGACUGAAUUUAGGCGAGCAGUUUCUUAGUGUAGAGAUCAUACAAGUCAGAAAAAGAAAAUCUUUCUUUUUUUUUUUUACGCAUUGGUUCUCGAGACUUUUUUGCGUACGUAUGCAUAUACACGCGCGCGCACACACACACACGUGACUCCUUAAGUAUGUAGUCUAGACUAAUGCUUGUCAUCCCUGAACUUUAAGCUGGCCUCAUUGCCCUGGCUGGCGACGGCAAUAGGCGGCAGCUUGUCAUGAGCUCACGUCGCACCUUGAAGAGGCAGCAGCCCGCCUCCGCUCCGCUUUGCUUUGACAAAAUGACCUUGACAUCCUUUCACGCAAGAAGACAUUAAAAUUGGACGGAGCCAAAGAGCUGGGUGGGCCCGAGUCAUUAGCCGCAGCUUCUGGGGUUGCUAGGAGACGAGAGGAUGAAGGCCCAGACGAGGACGGGAGCGAGCGAGCGGGCGGGCGGUGGGAGAAGCCAGGCCACCAUUUAGGAGCCGUGUCCAAACCACCAGCCCAAGUCAACAAUGGCAAGAGCGUGAAGGCUGACUGGAUCGCAGCGCGGCCCAAAAAGGAGUUUGGCAGUGCAAAGGCGCGUGCGUCUCAGCACACCUUUUGGCACAGUAGCAAGAGCUGGUCUCGCGCAGCAGCCUCACGUCCCUCUUAGCAAUCGAUGCAAUUGGAGGGCUCCGAUCGAUGAUGGACUCUCAGCGAUCUCAAACCAGCUUUCAGGGUUGCGCUGUCGCUUUAAAUGGGCGGGAGGGGGGAAGGAGGCGGGCAGAAGUUGAAAAAGGAGAGCAUUUGCCAAGAGCGCUUUCUCAGUCUGUGAAGGCUGCAGACAAGUCACAAAGAAAGUCCAGCCGUCCUAUUCUGACUAUGAUUCAUCUCCGUUUGACUGAUGCGCCACCCGGAGGAGCACUGUUGACUUGUUAAGAUGGCACAGAAGGAGGGGAGCGCGCCGGGGGUCAAGGCCGUCCCGACCCAGCCGGCGGUGGCAGGGAGCGGCGGCGUGGUGGUGGAGGUCCGCGAGAAGAAGGGACCCCUGAGGGCCGCCAUACCCACAAUGCCUUUCCCUCUGGCCGUCAUCUGCCUCUUCCUCAACACCUUCGUACCUGGACUAGGUACCUUGGUGUCGGCCUUUGCGGCGCUGUGCGGCGCUCGCAGCGAGCUGACGGCCCAGCGCGGCGUCUGCUGCAUCUUUUGGCUCAACGUGGCGGCGGCCCUCCUCCAGAUGGCAACGGCCGUCAUCAUGGUGGGCUGGAUCAUGAGCAUCUUCUGGGGCAUGGACAUGGUCAUCCUGGCAAGCUACCGAGAUCAGGGCGUUCCGCAGGACGUCUGAGAGGACUCGCUGGGCUCGGCACGGCACCUGUCCACGGUUUCUCCUUUAAACACAAGACAAAACACCUUGGUGACGAGCAUGUGCCAGUCAAGAAAGGACGCCGAAAUGUUUGCAAGCUUGCAGCGAGCGGCACGGCACGGCACGGCACGUUAGCCGUCAGGCUGAGCGGGAAUAAGUCGCCAGUGUUUCUUUUUCAAAGCGUCCAAUCGACAUCAACGUUUCCCAACCAACCUUCCCGAGCGAGACACACGACCGAGCCAACAAAAAGUCGAAUUGAGUGCGUGCAUGUGUUGCGUCAAACAAAACAUUCUUGGUUUCCGUCCGCGUGACUGUGUUCUACUGCCGUCUGGUGGGCGACCAAGUCGUGUACACCGAAAGAAUCGGCGAGGAGAUCCAAGGAUUUGCUAUCAAUGUCCGUCAUGAGUACGAAAAGAAAAUGCUAAUCUCAAGAAUAAAGUAGCCUACAGAAAAAGUCUUUCUGUUUGGCCGUUUGCGGGCCGUUUCCAAAGGCCCUUCAAAACACAAGCUCCGAAUUUGUUCUAUUGGCGACAAAAUACUCGACAGAUGGGAGACACCAACUUGAUUUUCUUUUUUUUUAGCCGUUGCGUGUGGGUAGCGCACAGUACGACACAAAGCUUGAGCAAGUUUUCCAAAACUAAAAAAUAAAUAAAUCAGCAUAUCUUUGAAUCAAGCGUCCAUUCCAAUUGCCUCCGUUGUUGUUGUUGUUGUUUUGCUGGUUGAAAAUGAAUGUACUCAAGUGUUCUUGCAUGCAGAUUUUCUUCAGUUUUUUUUUAACUGUAAACAAAGUUAUGAUCGCAUUGUAACUGAAUUAUGUGACACAACAUCUUGCUAUUAAAACAAUGGAUUGGAAUGAU